CGGAAGUCUUUAUGUUGUUGCUGCGGGCUACACAGACGGCAAGCGUGAUAGCUUAAUGGUAAAUUCGCGUUGUUGGUUUCAGGGAUGAGCUUGAGCAAAGUAAUGAAAUACUCUGAUGCGAUUUGUGCGCACACAGUUGUAGAUUUCUUUUUAAAAUGUUGGAGACUCGAUUUCAACCACAACCGCACAAACAUUAGGUAACAAUGCAGAUUAAUCUCUGUGUUUGUUGGGACGGAUUCAGCCAGGGUUUUUACUGCUAUGCUACGAGAGCUGGUUGAGAUGGACCACCAUGAAAACCAAAUAUAGUACAAGGUUACUGGACAUUACGUUGCUAAUGCUUCUGAUAAUAACAUGGCUAAUGCAUGAUGUGAUGGGCUGCAAAUGAUUUCCUUGUAAAGAAUAAAAUAGAUCCAUCCAAAUUAAAGGUUGUCUUUAACUCUCAUUCCUCUACUAUUACACGAAUUGGGACCUAAGACCCACUAUUGGAUUUCUUAAUUGAAACAACUUCUCCUGAGAGAAACUGGAAAGUAAACAUCAGUUGCCAUGCGUAUCAGUCUCUGCCAGGGCCUGUUAACUGGUGCCAUCAUCCUCAACCUCCUCAUUCUCUACUAUGUGUCUCGGGCCCAGCAGCAAAUGAUGGAUAAGAGGAAGGAGCUUGGCAGGGGCACGAGGAGAGCUGCCCUACCAGCCUCUGGCCUGGGGGGAGGCCUAGGGCUACUUGUAGGAGCUGGAGGUGAUCCUGGAGGGAUUGGAGGUGAGGGACACAGUCGUGGCCCACGUGUGACUGUUCUUCUUCGGGAGUUUGAAAACUUUGAGAAUUAUGUCGGGGAUGUGGCUAAUUCCUUCCUCCGCCAGAGAUCUGAGCUUCCCUUCCUGGCUGUGGCUGACACGUCUCCAUACCCUCCCCUGGUGCUUCCAGACGGGGCGCGUCUUCUAGUGCUCUCCCCCAGCCCGGACCAGCCACCGCAAGCUCACAGGCCAGAGUUCCACGUCCAGACAGAGUUUGUGCUGCUGGUGCCCGAUGGAGUGGAGUUGGAACAACCUCGGGCUAUCGAGAGGCUGAUUAGGGAGUUGGAAGGCGAGGGUGGGGGGCCUGUGAGGCUGGUAGCUGCACCCGUGCUGGCUCGAUCUGCUGUGCAGUGUCUCCACCUGCGGGUGAACCUCAGAGAGUGGACAGCCACCUACUCGCCAGCUGCGUCUGGGAGCAGCGGGAGUGUGUGUACGGCUUUACAAGGAGAUGCGGUUGUCCUCAUUCGCACUGAGGAUCUUUUUAACCUCUCUGUCCCUCUGGGGCGGCCCCUCUUCUCCUCGCUCUUCGUCCAGACUGCUUUGAGAGGCUGGAAGGUCAAGCUGCUGGAGAGCCCCUGUUUUGCCGCAAACCACCGGCCCCUCUUCAGCUCCGCUCACAACCAGUGGAAGGCCGAAACUCGACUGAAGGAGGCCACAGGGAAGCUCAUGAGGAGCUUUGGUCUGAAGCGUCUCCUGCUGCCUGAUGGGAAGGAACAGUGGUAUGGCUGCAGUAAAGAGACGCCUCGCUGCUUUGGCACUGUGCAGGAUGACACUCCAGACUACCUUUAUCUGGAUCGCUGGACACCUCCCUGCUGUCUGCGAGCUCUCAGGGAAACCACCAAGUAUGUAAUCAAUAUCCUGGAGAGCUCUGGUGUGCGCUACUGGCUAGAGGGGGGGACUCUGCUGGGCGCUGUCCGCCAUCAGGACAUCAUUCCAUGGGAUUAUGAUGUGGACCUGGGCAUCUACCUGGAGGAUGUACCCAACUGUGAUCACUUGAAGAACCUGGACUCAGGCUCUCUUGUGGAUGCUAACGGCUACGUCUGGGAACGCGCAGUGGAAGGAGACUUCUACAGAGUCCAGUACAGCGAGGCCAACCAUCUGCAUGUUGACCUGUGGCCGUUCUAUGCACGUAAUGGCGUCAUGACCAAAGACACAUGGACAGAGCACAAACAAGACGUGGAGUUCCCAGAGCACUUCCUGCAGCCGCUGGUACCCAUGUCCUUUGCCGGCAUCACUGCCUACAGCCCCAACAACCACCGAUCCUUCUUGGAGCUGAAGUUUGGAGAGGGGGUUAUUGAGAACCCCCAGUAUCCCAACCCCACAAGAAAGAGGCUGGACAGAAGCAAAUUAUGAGAUGAUAGUUAUUUGUUUACACAGAACUUUUGCCUUUUAAACAGCCUAAAAUAUGUUGCCUGGAAACUAAUAUGGUGCUAAAAUGACUGCAUUUUGUGUUAAUUUAACCACAUCUAUAUCACCAGUAUCAUCUGAUGACUGGUCAAAUCUCCUCUAUUAUCAGUAUUUGGAUGUAGAGUCUAACUUUGGAUUGCGUUUUAGUCUUUGUCAAAGUGGUACGAUUUUGUUUGCAACUGGCAUGAACGCUUGAAAGAUUAAAAUCCAUACAUUAGUGCGUUUACAUCGGGCAUAUCUAAGAGUCAAAGACUGGUUUUACUACAUGGUGUACUAAAUUUGUAUGUGUUGUACAGUAAAGUGCAGUAAACAAUAUGACUGCUGUAAAGAUGAUACAUACUUUUAAAAUAUAUUGUUUUUUUGAAAGCUAGUGUACAUUAUCUUAAGCAGGAUUUAAGGUGUAGUACAGAUUUAUUUGUGUUCAGUGAAGUGUUUUUUUUUUCUCAAACAGGUGUUUUAUGAAUUUUUCAACUGUGUUGCAUCGAUUUGCACUGGUUCUUUCAGUUUUGCACAGUUUUGAAAUGAAUGUUACUGCAUAUCGAUGCCAUUUGGUACCUGACAGCUGUAGCGCGGUGAGUAAAUUUCCAUGUGGUAAAAUGAGAACCACACUGUCAUUCAUCCUCAUCCAUUAAUUACAAAUGGCAUAUGGAGAGGAUGAAAUGUUGCUCCAUCAGGCCUUACUAUUCAUAAAAAACAUAAAACUUUGACUGAAUGUGUUAUUAAAUAUUAACCCUUAGCUCAAGCAUGUGUGUUACUACUGAGCACCCAUUAUGUAUUAACUGAAAUUACAUUUCAAUUCAGUAAAUUAUUCAAAGAAAAUAUUUAAAAGAGAAGUUGCACAUAGAAACGCACCAGCUUCUCUCGGUACGACAUGCCUGUAGUGUUACUUGUGUGUGAUGAAUCAUGGU